AUGACUUCAAAUCCACCCCAGUCUUCUUAUUUGCCCAAUACUCCUCAUGAGAGCGAACUUGUUUCAGAAGAAUUACCGUUGUCAACCUCGUUGAGAGAGUCCUCCUCUUCAGACGACGAGAAUGACAGAGACAGGGACCAGAGAAACGAAAUUGAUUUGGAACGAGCACAUAUGAAAGACAUUCCUAUUAUGAAUAUGAGACUUCAUAUUAAUUUGUUACAUCAUAGAAAGUAG